AUGGGCAUGGACAAGUGGUCUUUACUAAGCCGCCUAAGGAACGCCGUGAAGAAGGUGAGCUUCCUACUACAUCUCAACGUCAACCGCUGGCGAAUCGCUUCGAUGAUCGGCCGUACUGCUUCGGGCAACCACCGGUUGAAGAGCUUCAACGACCGCCCGGGGCUGCCGGCGGCGUGUGCUGAUGAUGAGACCAGCUCCGAGGAUUCGGGGUCUUCUAGGGGACAUCUUCAGAGGACUAUAAGCUAUCCCUCGGAUCAAGAUGAUAUUGAUCAAAGAGCUGAGAUGUUCAUAGCUAAUUUCCGCCGCCAACUUCAGAUGGAAAGACAGAUUUCGUUAGAGCUUCGGUAUUGCAGAGGAAAUAGUUUCGACUUGAAGUCUCCUUGA